AUGCUCGUGCUCAGCGCAGAUCCUAUACCAGAGAUGACUCAACAAGGGGGUUCUACUCAGACAGCAAUUGCUGAAGCGUCUUUGCCUCGCCUCUCAGCGGAGGCCAAGGAAGCUCCGUACAACGAGGCAGCGGGCCUUGCCGUGGAGUUCUUUGUUACUGCUGAGAAGGCAGCUCUAGGGUCUCUACAGGCAUACUGCACGUUUCUAGGGAAGAUCCAUGAAACGGGCGUUUUCUCUUCGUGGUCCUCUGAUGAGGAGAACGGGGGCAAGGGCCCAGGUUGUUGCUCCCAACCUUGUGAAGUGACGGGGGAGGGGGAGGUAAAUUCUUCAGAGGAGUGCUGUCAACUGGCAGCAGUUAAAUUCGCUCUUAACCUCACACCUUUCAGUCUACCCGCCACUUUUUGCGAACAGUUUACUAAUGAAACGAUUACGUUUACAGUUGUAAGGACUCAAGACUCGAGUCAAGACGGACCCCAGAGGAAAGACGCUCAGAACAAAGCUUCUGCGAAGCCUGAUGGAAGAGACAAAGGACCAAAGAAGGCAGGUCCUCCUCGAUCAACCAUUCCACCGGGCGAUUCAAGAACAGCUGAGAUGCCAGUUGGUGCACUGUUACUCUUGAGAGACGGUGAAAGCAUGCAGCCACCACAGAGAGUUCAAGAAACACUCGCGACGACUCCAGGGGUUGUUUCGCUGCGCAUUGGAGUAAAAGCAGUCACAUCGUUGCUUUCUUGUGAGCUGCGGCAUCUUUUAAAUCCAGUUUGGUUCCUCAUUAAAGAUGUGCGCUACCUCCCGUUGACCUCCCAGUGCCUCCAGAAGCCCCAACCCUGUGAUGCGUCAGAGGACACCACCGAAAACCCUGCGUUGCCAGCUGCAGCCACAGCAAGUGCUGGCACAGCUACUGCCGCUGCUCCACUUGCUUCUUCAGCUGCACCGGUAUCAGAAAUUAAAGGAGCAUCUUCCGAGAUUAAGGUAAGGGGAGAGUGUUCCAGCGAAACAAAAUACGGUGUCGAUGGAACGUCUGAAUAUUUUGCUCGGGCCAAAGUGUUCCGGAGGGUCCUAGAGACCGAACCCAGAAGGCCAAUAAAAUACCUGGACACAAACAGAGUCCAUUGGGAUGCCGGAUUCCUGUGUUUCUGGGGGCCUUCGGUGGAGGACCAGAACGAACUAAAAGACUUUAUUGAAGAGCACCGCGUAGAAAUAGAGCUUCUGAACACCUGGGAUGCACCAGGAAUUGACCAGUCCAGCUUGUAUCCGGACGUUACUGCUGGACAAUGCAAAAGCAAGGCAAUAGGGCGGCCCCUGCUGAAACAACCUAAAACUUCCACGGGGACUCCAGCAAAAGGGCAGCGGGUAACAACGAAGGCGCAGCGCUAUUCGGGGAUCAAUCCAGAAACUCCUUCAAACCAAGCAACAACAAACAUUACAAACGCCUUCCUGGCAGGGCCAGAGCCCGCCUCGUGCCGGCCACCUCACGGAGUAGCGUCAUUCUGCCUUUGCGCUCUAGCGAGUUGCCGGGCAACACAUCUAUCUUUCUGCACUGAUGUUCUGCCUGUUGCCGGUUAUGUGGCUCGAAAAGAAGAAGGCAGUGAAACUGUGCAACUAUACAGAACCACUGGCCCCGACUUCAUGAGUAGCGGCACUCAAAUCUCCAUAGAAAUCAAGCUGGCAGAGCCCUUAUUUCAACACUUCAGCUACUCUACGUCACCUGAUCGAGCCACGAUCAACCAGGCAAGGGGGUGA